CCAGAUGGCCUAGACCUGAACAUCGCAUUAUAGAUGGGUUAAAAAUGUCAGCAAAACCACUGCAAGAAUGUCGCCUUAAACCUCAAGACCAUUCUGCUCAAUCUUAAUGUUGAAAUCCAUGUCCACGGCUGAAGUGGAACAUUUGUUUUCUCAAUUAAAGCUCAUUAGUCCGUCAAUUAAUCACGGCUACGUGGUAAUUACCUAGAACGGGAAGGCGUUCUGGGCCACCCUCUGGAAAGGAUACCAAGAAGGGUGAGGAAAUUACCCUGUUACCAAAUAAAUAGCACUGAUCCCAGGCGAGCUUGAGGAACAGCACCAGACCGGGCUUACCACAGGCUCCACCUCUCCUGGCUAAGGGAUCUGGCAGAAAGUACUUACUUUUUCCAUGUCUCAGUUGCCUCAUCUAUGAAAUGGACAUCAUCUAAACUAUUUCAAUUUCCCAGAAAAACGCCUGACACCUAAUAAGCGCCCACCCUUGCUGUCUCUGUUAUCAUGGAGAGAAGACACGGGUUCAGAGAAUCACCCCAGGAUGCAGUAGGGGGCAUGCUUGAGUGCACAGCGGUGAAGACCAGAAGUAUGGGGAGCAGGGCAAAGAGGAGGAAGGAGUGUUGUGUGUGUGUGUGGCGCCACAUUCAAGAGGAUAAGGAGAGAUGAUGGCUGCGAAACAUGUGCAUGCAAGGCUUUGAACAGUGUCUUCUAGGGUCAGUGGGUGGCCCAUCCAGAUUGGCACAAAGGGUUCUUAUGAAGGGCAGUGGGGGCAGACAGCUGUGUUGAAGUCUGCUGGUGGAGGGCCUGGAAUGCCAGAAUAGGAGACUUGGCCAUUUUCCUCCUGUGCUGCAGAUUUUUGAGUAGCACUAUGAUAAGCUGGACCCUGUGCGAUGUUGGGAACGUGAAUCUGAAUGCAGGGCACAGGAAGGGCCAAAGAAGAGAAAUAAAAGAGGCAAUCAAACAGCACCACCUCUCCUGGAUGGACCAGGCCACCACUUGUGGAAGCCGGAGGCUCCGGCUAUAGCCUCCAUCUCCCGGCUCCCUCCCCACCCUGCCACACUCUGAGCAUCGUCCUGAGCCAAGGGGUGAUCAGCGGGUCUCCUCACCUCCAGGAUGCUGAGAAGAGAGCCUUGCAGUGUUCCCAGGGCACACGGCAGGGGUGGUGGGCACAUCGCGAGAGGCUCUGGGUCUGAACCCUGUAAAUAACUGAAUUAAGGGUCCUGCAGCAUCGCUGGGGCUCAUGUCUGUGGAUAUUGUCAUAAGAAGGAUUGGGAGGUCGGCAGAAGAGGGAGAGGGUACGAGACUCCAGUCCUGGCCUUGACUUAUUAAGACUGGGAUGAUGGGAACCUACGACACGCUGGACAUGUUGGCAAGCCUUGUCUAGGUUUAACGCAACAUCACAGAAGGAGAGAGACGCAGCCUUCUGAAAUGUUAGAAGUGAAUGGUGAAGAGCGUUGGUGUUUCGUAAGGGUUUGGCACGUUUUCUGAAUGAUUCUGGCUGUCUGCCUGGCUCUGAGUUUCCUGUUCGCUACAUGUGUCACUGCUGAGGAUUAAAGUCCUAACAGCCUCUGACACAGGCGUCACCAGAGCCCACUUUCUCCUUUCUUUUCGCCUCGGCAUAGUGGGGUCGUCUGACAAGAUGUGAGUUGUCACACUCGUGCUGCACGGACCAGACCCAAAGCUCUUUUGGAAAAAGAAAAAGGGAAUUAACAACUCUAUCCAGGCUUCAAAAUGCGCUUUUGUUUUUAAUAACCAGCAUCAACUCAGCUGGCUUCAUUUGGGGAAAGAAACCCUGCGGGCUUCCCUGAGAGUGCCCACCUCCCGGGAGGCCAGCAUUCCCGAAUGCCCCAGUGACGAGGAGAGGAGAUGGAGAAUAUGCAAGUGUUACUGAGGUUUGUUUGUUUCAUAGCUCUGCUGAUUUCUUCUCUGGAGGCUGAUACAUGUGAGGAACGUGACGAAAAAGUAGUUUUAGUUUCAUCUGCAUAUGAAAUUGAUGUUCGUUCGUGUCCUCUUAACCCAAGUGAAAGCAAAGGCACAAUAAUUUGGUAUAAACAUGACAGCAAGACACCUGUAUCUAUGGAAAGAGACUCCAGGAUUCAUCAGCACAAAGAUAAACUUUGGUUUGUUCCUGCUAAGAUGGAAGAUUCUGGACAUUACUUUUGUGAAGUAAGAAAUUCAACUCACUGCCUCAAAGUUAAAAUAACUGCAGAGUUUGUAGCACAUGAGCCUGACUUGUGCUACAGUGCCCAGGCUAUAUUUACACAGAAACUACCCCUUGCAGAAGAUGGACAACUUGUGUGUCCUUACUUGGAAGUUUUUAGAGAUGAAAACAAUGAGUUACCCGAAAUACAGUGGUAUAAGGAUUGCAAACCUCUACUGCUUGACAGUAUAAACUUUAUUGGACAAACAGAUAAACUCAUCGUGGUGAACGUGACUGAAGCGCAUAAAGGGAACUAUACUUGUCAUAUAUCCUACACACACUUGGGAAAGCAGUAUCAUAUUACCCGGGUGAUAGGACUUAUUACUCUAGAGGAUAACAGGCCCACGAGUCCUGUGAUCGUGAGUCCAGUUAAUGAGACGAUAGAAGUGGACUUGGGAUCCCGGGUACAACUGAUCUGCAAUGUCACUGGCCAGUUGAGUGACUUUGUCUACUGGAAGUGGAAUGGCUCAUUAAUUGAUGACGAAGAUCCAGUGUUGGUGGAAGAGUAUAAAGGAGGAGUGCAAAAUCCUGCACCCAGAAGAGGGAAUACAAUCAUCACAGUGCUUAAUAUUACAGAAGUGGAAAGUAGAUUUUAUCUAUAUCCAUUUACCUGUUUAGCCAGGAAUUCAUAUGGUAUAAAUGCAGCAUAUGUCCAAUUAAGGCAUCCAGUCCCUGAUUUCCAGAAGCACAUGAUUGGUAUAUUUGUCCUGUUAACAAUAGUCAUUACAUUCUCUGUUUUCAUCUAUAAAAUCUUCAAGGUUGACCUAGUGCUUUGGUACAGAGAUUCUUGCUAUGAUUUUCGCCCCCCAAAAGCUUCAGAUGGAAAGACCUAUGAUGCAUACAUACUAUAUCCAAAGACUCUUGGGGAAGGGUCCACCUCUUACUCAGAUAUUUUUGUGUUUAAAGUCUUGCCUGAGGUCUUGGAAAAACAGUGUGGCUAUAAGCUGUUCAUUUAUGGAAGAGAUGACUAUGUUGGGGAAGACAUUGUUGAGGUCGCUAAUGAAAACAUAAAGAAAAGCAGAAGACUGAUUAUCAUUUUGGUCCGAGAAACAUCAGGAUUGAGCUGGCUGGGGAGUUCAUCUGAAGAGCAAAUAGCCAUGUACAAUGCUCUCAUUCGGGAUGGAAUUAAAGUUGUCCUGCUUGAGCUAGAGAAAAUCCAAGACUAUGAGAAAAUGCCAGAAUCCAUUAAAUUCAUUAAACAGAAACACGGGGCCAUACGCUGGUCGGGGGACUUUAGAGAGGGAUCGCAGUCUGCAAAGACAAGGUUCUGGAAAAACGUUAGGUACCACAUGCCGGUCCAGCGGCAGCUGCGUUCAUCCAAGCGCCAGUUACUGUCCCCAGCCACUCGGCCAGACUCUAAGGAGAAACUGCAAGGGGAGGUCCACGUGCCUCUAGGCUAGCAGGGAGACGCUCAGCCAAGAGUUCCUUGGGUGGCUCCUGUCUUAUGGCGUUGCAGGCUGGGCUGUGCCUCCACUGACUUGUACAGUCAUAAAAUGCACCUGUAUAGUCCCUUAUUCCCAAGGUCACCUGGAAUCAGAUUGUUAAGGGAGCAGGAUGUGGUGACAAUAGCAGGCCAGGGCAAUUCAGAGCAGAGGGCUUGGGAAGUCCUUUAAAAAGGCAAAUGCCCUGUCUGAAGGUUUGAACUUGCUGGGAAAAGACACUGGGACAACAAAUGAGAGGAAAGAACAUGCAGGAAAUACUCACCAUCUCUAGACGGUUUUUUGAAGUCUUCUACAGGUGGAGGGUGGGGCUGUGGCCCAGUCUGGGGACUGCAGGCUGACUGGCCCUCGAGUUGCUCUCCUGGGCAGAGGUGCUGGUGAAGUGAGACUGACACUUCAGGAAAGCAGAAAUAUCCUUGGAGAACUUUCCAUUUGCCUUGCAUUUUCCAUACAUAUCAACAGCUAGCAGUCAGUUUCCAAAGACUGAAUUUCAUUUUACAGAUCUUUAAAACUGUCAUUUCAAUGAACAAAGGGAUUCUCUAGGAUUCCAAGGUUUUGAAAUAACCUUAGUUUUCCACUGGAGAGAGAGAAUUUCAAAAGCACGAGUAGCAGAGAACUGAUCCCCUCCUAAUGCUUUGCCCCCUGGAGUGACCAUUCUGUUCUACCUUAUUCUUCUGCAUUUUACUGGACUCAUUACUUCCAAGUCGCUUUCUCCCUGCGCUCUGUCACACACAUGUCCCACAGAUUAACCAUCCUUCAUAAAAUGCUGUUCUCAUCUCAUCACGCUCUUGCUAAAACACCUCCACGGGGCUGCUCCUGGUUCAGGAGCUGAAGCCCAAGUUCUCCCACUAGCAUUUCACCACUGCCCCCAAACCCCCAGUCUGUCCACACAGCCGUCCCCUCUCUGUCCUGCUAUGUGAAUUCCCAGGUCAGCCUCAUGCGCCUUCGCACCUGCCCCAGCGCUCCUCCAUCUCGGCCUCGCCUUCCUGUCUCCUCUAACCAGAAUGCCUUCUCGCAUUUUCUCCAGCUGACCGGAAUUUUAGUGACAUUCAAAAUGUACUCCGUUUCUCCAGGAGAUUUUCCCCAAGAGACUGCUCUAAGAUGCUCACAGCCUUCUCAGUCUGAUGCUGCUUCCUGUCGGCUGUCACUCUAUGAGAAGCUUGUUCUCUCUCCAUCUAGAAGCCUGCUCUCUGAGAGGGAGGCCAUGCGUGUCUUUGUCCGCAGGGCCUUCACGAGUAAUUUGCACAUAUGACAUAGAUUUGUGUAGUGCUUUAUUGUUUAAAAAUGUCCACAGGUUAUCUUAUUUAAUUUUUGCAAUCAUCUUAAUUUUAUAGAGAGAGUAAGUGACCUGUUUUAAAAAUAUUGCAUUCUUAGUAUUAUCAGACCUGGGCUUGCACCUCCGUUGCUGGCUUCUAGUACAGUGUCCUCAAUAUGUGAUUUUAGGUCAAUAAAUGUCCCCUUUACCCCUACCCUGGCAUUUUUGUGAGAAGAAAUGAUGGUUUUCUAGAAUGGUGGCUAAGUCGAGGAAUGCUUUUAUUUAAGAAACUUAAUUCCAAACUUUUGAAUGUUGGAAUUUACAAAAAUGAUGUUGAGAUUUUAUGAAAAAAUUUUCUGGUUUCAUAUGUUCUUUCCCUAAAGGUAAAUAUUUCUUAGAAUGUAAAAAUUCUAAAUCUAAAAAUAUUUUAAAAAUGAAAGCAAAUUGGUUUUUUUGGUAUAGAAAAAUAUUUUUUAAAACUUGGUGAUAGUCCUCAGAAAAAUUAGAGAAACCUGGAAAACCACAAAGCCAAGUUUACGUGCCACUUAACUGAAGGACACAUGUACAGUUUUAAAAGUCGUAAGGACAUGGACAGGCCUUCUGUUUUUUGCAUUUUUAAUAUUUAAAAUUAUGAGUGAACACAGAGUUUUAUUUGGUAUAUUUUAUUCUCCGAAAGUAGUCAGAACUAGACAAAAAUAGAGUCGAAUACUUUGGCUCUUCUCUUUCCACCUGUUUUCUCUUGGAUCCAGUCUGACAGCCCUGAGUCACAGGGCUGUUCUGGAGCUGCUGUUUUCAAAGAAAGGGCCUUAUUUGCGUUUGGCAGCACGCGCAGACUGCAACCAGAGUCUGCAGGCUGGGGGUGCGGGGCUGUCGUGUCCCAACAGGGCUGCCAGAUGCUUUGAACAUACAAUGUUGCUGAUCAUUUGUAGUCUGUCAUCUAUAAAGUGUAGUGCCCAGAAAGCCAAUUCUGAAACUUAGAAUUAGCGGCACAAUUGGCCAGAAAGUAAGGAGAGGGGACAACAACCAAGAAUUACCAGUGGCAGUGCGCCUGGAAUUUAGGGAGGAGGAGUCCAGCAGGAAAGUGCAUGUGGGGGGUCACUCCCAUCCCCACGGGAGGAUUCCUUUCCGGAGGAAGGAGCUGAGUUCCUAGUUCCCUGGGAACUUCCUUUGUUUUAUUGUUUCCUCCCAAAACCUCUCUUAAGCUUUUCCUUUCAGGCAUUCCCCAUUAAUUAAAUUUGACUGCAUUAUCUGAUAGUAUUUUUUUUUUUUUUUGUCAGCCUAAGUGUUUAAGAAAAGUUUAAGCGAAGGCACCAAAGUGUUUCAUUUCCACUUGCUUAAACUGGCUUAGCAGAAUGUGUCUGUUCAUUCUCCUGCCUCUCUUUAUUUUAUUUGCAAUAAGAGAAAAGGUAUUGAGCCAUUUUUUAAUGACGUUUUUGAUAAAUUAUAUUUGUACUGGUUAACAAUGAAGGGUUUUUUGAAAACUUGUUUGUAUAAUUCUGCCACAGAUACUGAAUAUUUUUAUACAGUAAAACACCAGAUUCAUGUACAGCAGGUAUCAUGGAUCAAUGGACUGUACUUGUUUUCCAAUAAAAUUGUCAAAACCUGUUCCUGAGUAUUCUCAUGAAAAUCUGUGUCUUUGCCCGCCCUCUCCUGGGUUUACCUCGCACUCCCUUCCGGGUCUGAUGUGGGGCAAGGACACCUUCUGCCUGGGAGGUCAGAGGCCGUUAGUCAAACGAUGAGCCUGACUCCCAUGUGUAGCCUCAACUGUCCUCCGUUUGCUUGCUUCCACAUGGAC